AUGCCCCGAUCUUCCAGCAUGACGAGCGACGGCCACGAACGCUUGGAGCCACGGCUGCUCAAGGCCGUCCAGAACAAUGAUGUUGAGGGCCUUCGCAAUGUCAUUGCUCUCGCUCGUGAAAAUGGCCAAUUCAGCGACAACUUUCUGCGCGUCGGGAUCAUGCGUAGCGCUGAGCGCGGUUGUAUUGCCGCAACCGAAUGCCUCCUCCAGCUCGGCGCCAAAACAGACGUGGCCGGCAACCGUCUCUCUCCACUGCUGCGCGCCGUCGAGCGCGAUCACUACCAGAUUGUGCGCCUGCUGCUGGACUACGGCGCAUCCCCCGAUACUGCCGACAAAGAGGGCCGCACGGCGCUGAUGACUGCUGCGUGGAAGAAUCAUGCCGACGUGCUGCAACUGCUCAUUAUGCGCAAGGCCAAUGUAAACGCGCGCGACCACCGCAAGCGCAAUGUACUUCAUAACCUGGCAGCGGACAAGGAGUGCCGCUGGAGCUGGGGGGAUGAGAUCGUCGCGCUGCUAUUACGCACGGCCUGCCAGGUUGACGGGGUCGACGGACAGGACGAGCUGGGCCGCACACCGCUGCAUUGGGCGUGCGCGACGGGCAAUGGGCGGAUGGCUGAGCUGCUUCUGACCCGGCCCGACGGACCCAAGGCUCAAAUCGACGCCACCGAGUUGCGAGGGAAGACGGCGUUGCAUAUCGCGACCUCGCAUGACCGCGCGGACCUGGUACAGCUUUUAUUAUCGCACGGUGCCGAUUUAAAUGCCUGCAGUGAUGGCGGAUGGACGCCGCUCCAUAAUGCCUGCGAGCGAGGCUGCGAGGCGAUUGUGCAGAUUCUGCUGCGCGCGGGCGCGCAUAUCAAUAGCCAGCUCCCAGGGGGUCACCGCGAAGUGGUAGAGUGUUUACUGGAGCGAUCUGAUUUGAAGCGCCGAGUACGAGAUAACUUUGGCAGUACGCCCUUUUUGCGGGCAGCUCAGUUCAAGCGCAGGGAUAUUGUGCUGCUUCUGGCGCCGUUCAAUAACGUCGAGUCUCUUUCUGAUGAUGUCCGGGAUGCAUCUGCUGCGUUUGAUGCAACCGUGGUGGACUUCGGGAACUUCCACAACGAGAACCGCGUGAAACGGAUGUCGGUGUUCAACCUGCUAUAUGGGCGCGAUCCAGAGAAUCCCCGAAAGCAAGCUGUCACCACUGUGCCUGCGGACAGUCGCGCUACUGAUUUUCGUUGGAUUCACCUGCCGGCAAAUAACAUGGCUUGGGUAGAGGCGCUCCUUACAAAAUCCUUCAUUGAAGAGGGGGCGCAUGAUGUCGAUGGCUUUAAGGGACUCGAGAAAUCCUUCAACUACCAACAUCGAGGGCAGAAGAUUCACUCGCAUUUUAUGCGACCAUUGUGCCAGAACACGCCGCGGACCCUGAAGCGGCGCGAGGAAGAAAAGCCGGAAGAACAGCCAGAGCCUGCGCCGUCAGUCAUGACAGAUAAUAGCUCUGUCUACCGCAAACAGAAAGGACCCGGAAGUAAGCUUGACCGAGUCGACUCUUCCCAGUCCCACGACGAGAGUGCCGCGUCUUCGAAGAAAAACAAGAACAAGAAAGGAGGCAAGACUGGAAGCAAUUCGGGUACCCCCAAGACAGAAGCAAAGCACAAGUCCCUAUGGGAUAAGCAAACACGGCCAUCCCCUCUUUCCCCAUCUCUAUGCCGGGAUCCCCAUGGUCUUAGCUCGACAUGGAAUGUCUGCGUUUUCAUGCCCUACCUUCAUUUCGAGACUGCGGAGCGCCGGCAGAAAAUGCAAGAAGCCAUCCAACGGGCCGAGAUGUUGACCUUUCAGCCGGGCAAGAUCAAAAAGACUCGCACGCGGGAUGAAAUGCUGAUCGAUGCCCAUUUGUCCUCGUCCACGACGUCUCUCCACGUUCGCCGAACGCUGGACCAAUUUUUCUACCCCAACAUUGAUACUCAGAGCCGAGACCAGGAUCAGGUAGUCUACCGAUACCAGACAAAAGGUCCUGGCGAAGGCUCGGGUUCAGAUCCUAAGAUAUUCAUGGUGGACCAGCUUUGGAUGUGGAUUCUCGGUACUAAUCUCAUUGUAACCAGCUUCCCGCAACGGUGGGAUCAACCAAAGAAUGACCCACUCAAUGUGUUGGAUGGGAUUAUUGAGGAUAUCAAUUCUAAGACUCGAGACCCAGUGAGAUCCGUGUACGAUCUGGCCAUCACGAUUACCAAUAGAUGUUCUGGUGUUUUUGACCGCCAUCGCCUUGGAGACGACGAGUACCAGUUCUUGGAUAUGUUUGAAUCCUCCAUUGGUAUUGCUACUGAUCGAGAAACCCUCCUCUUCAAUCGUUUUAAUCAUGCCUCCGUACAAGCAUCGAGAUGGCUCAAGAGCCAUCGCAAGCUCAACAGUUCCGCACGCCGGGGCACAGCAGAGGAGAAUCAUAACCUCGACGACGACGAGGAUUCCUACCUUGAUGACGGCCAGCCGUUCUUCGUUGACCGGCUGCUGGACAUCGGCGAAGAAACUGAUCUCUUGGCCGAGGCCAAGGAUAUUCGAGACGAACUCAAUAUGAUUCGCACCGUUCUCGAGCAUCAAAAACAUGUUCUGGCAGAUUUCCAAGAGGUCAUAUGGGAGAUAUACCAGGGACAGCACCGCUCGCAGAAUGAAGUCAAAAAGCGGUUCAAAGAACAGCAGCGCAUGAUUGACAUGCAUCUGAAGGACAUCGACCGGAUGGAUAAACAAGCCGAACGCAUCUAUCACUCCAUAACUGACCUGCUCGAUCUCAAGCAGAAACACGCCAAUGCUUUCGAGGCUCGCUUCGCGCGCGACCAAGCCGCCGGUACCACUAGACAGAGCAAGACCAUCAUGGUCUUCACCAUUGUGACCAUUGUGUUCCUGCCGUUAUCUUUCAUCACCUCUAUUUUCACCAUCAACAUGAAAGAGUUUGACAAUCUGAAUCUUGGAUACGUGGCUAAAUAUACGUUUGGGGUUGGAUUUGCCAUUUCCAUCCCGCUUAUUCUGGUUGCCUUGUCUGUCGAUGACAUUGGCGAUUUUUUCAGCGCUUUAAAGGGCCGCCACUGGCUCUCUCGCAAAAAAGAGACCGCACCAGUCUCGGAUCGCGGAGACGGCCACCUCCAGACGCUGGAGAUGGAGAAGAUCAUUAGCCUGGCGCGAACACGCCGCAGCGGUGAGGUCGACUAUGAGCCAAGCCUGCUGCCUGUUUCGACUCGGGGCACCGGCGUCUCCAGACCGCCAGUCGGUCUGUAUUCCAAUGGGUUGGCCGCUGGAUCGGUUCGAAAAAGCUACGAAGUCCGUCGGAGUACAGAAUACCGGCCUUAUACAUGA